AUGUUUACAGAGCGCGUUUAGCACUUUUGCGUCGCGGUAUCGCUUUUAUAUCUGAAGUACGGUAUUAUUUUUUUAGCUUGCCCAAGAACUUAAGUUUUGUCCCCAUACUUGGAUAGUUAAGCUUACUGCCAGUAUUGGUCUGCAAUCCGAUCGUUGGAAAUGUCGUUAGCGGACGAAUUGCUAGCGGAUCUUGGAGGCGAUGGCGGUGUGGAGGAUGACGCCAAUGUUCAAGUGCGUGAAAUCACUGGAGAUGAACCGAUGGACACUGGAGAAUCUGCGGAUGGUCCCGACGAUAUAUACAAAAUUGCAAGACUCAGCAAAAGUCCAGAGCUCGCUGAAGUUAUGGAUAGAAUUCACAAUGGUCCACGAAAUUCUGCUCGAACUGAAGGGACCGGACCAAUGGAAGCGGAUCCAGAGUAUCAGCUGAUCGUCAAAGCCAACCAGCUUGCCGUGGAAAUUGACAACGAAUUAAAUAUCAUUCAUAAAUAUGUACGGGAUCGGUAUUCAAAACGAUUUCCGGAGCUAGAGAACCUGAUCCAAAUGCCGCUGGAAUAUGUUCGAGCUGUGCGAGCUCUUGGAAAUGAUGUGGAUCGGGCAAAGCAGAACGAAGAACUAGCCAAAAUCCUUUCUCCCGCGACCAUUAUGAUUGUUAGUGUGACCGCAUCGACUACUACUGGAGAAUGCCUUUCUGAGAACGAACUGCAAAGCAUCAAGGAAGCUUGUACCAUCGCAGAAAAACUGAACCGCGAUAAACUCACAAUUUACGAGUAUGUUGAAUCUCGUAUGUCGUUCAUUGCGCCCAAUCUGUCGAUUAUUGUUGGAUCCUCGGUUGCCGCCAAGCUGAUGGGUAUUGCUGGCGGACUACGGAACCUUUCAAAUAUGCCAUCUUGCAACAUCGAAUUGCUAGGAGCUAAGAAGCGUGGCCUGUCUGGGUUUUCGCAGGCCACUAUUAUCCCGCAUACUGGAGUCAUCUAUUAUAGCGAUCUGGUGCAGGAAUUACCUAAGGAUUUAAGGAAGAGGACAGCUCGCUUGAUUGCUGGCAAGUGCGCUUUAGCUGCCAGAGUGGAUGCUUUUCAUGAAGCACCGGACGGCUCGAUUGGUCUUGGACUGAGAGAAGAGAUUGACAAAAAAAUGGAUAAAAUGCAAGAGCCGCCGCCCGUCAAGCAAAUUAAAGCGCUUCCUGUUCCUCUCGACGCACCCAGAAAGAAGCGCGGCGGUCGACGAGCCAGAAAGAUGAAGGAGCGACUGGGAAUGACUGACAUGAGAAAAGCAGCUAAUCGUGUGACGUUUGCAGAGAUCGAAGAAGAUGCUUAUCAAGAUUCGGUUGGAUAUUCCGUCGGUCAGUUAGGCAAGGCUGUGGGCGGGCGCAUCCGCGGACCUCAAGUUGAUAAUAAAACUCAAGUUCGGAUCUCAAAAACACUUCAGAAAAGCCUUCAGACUCAUCAGACCUAUGGUGGAACGACAACCGUUCGUCGCCAAGUGGCUGGCACGGCUUCCAGUGUGGCCUUCACACCUUACCAGGGAAUUGAAAUCGUCAAUCCACAAGCCGCUGAGCGAUCUGGAACUGCCACUACCAACAAAUAUUUUGCCAGCACAUCAAAAUUUAUUCAAGUUACAAAAACGCCGGUACAAGAAAAUAAAUAAAACCAGGAGAAAUCAAAAUCUAAAAAAUGAAGAAGGAUUUCCUGUUUUCCGUUCAUGUUUUCUUACGCUGUUUAUCCUUGUAUGUCAUUCUGUACAAUGUCAACGGAAAUCUGUUUCGAACAAAAUUGUACUCAAUCGUCAGCAGUUACCAGAACUUCGGGAAUAAAAUCUAA